AUGACAUAUACACAAAGUGGGCAUCACAAGACACCUCAUGAGAUGAGGUUGUCUUCCAAUUCGCCCAAGUCGGAGCCUUUGUCGCUGUCUCCGGGCCAGGAGGGCCAGCCGCCAAAGAAAUUGCUAUCUACUUCGUCUCCGGAGGGAAUACAGAUUGCAGCGAAAAUAACUCCCACAAGACUAGCAAAUUUAUUGAUAAAAAAGGGACCGUUGCCAAUUCGGCGUAUAACGAGUCAGUUAGCACUUGAAGUGCCGAGUUUUGAACUACUUUCCUUGUCUAAACAGAGGAGAUUGAUAAUGGCGGCUAUGGAACAAACGGAUACCGCCAAUAACGUCGUAUUUGAGAAAAUAGGCUGGGGGCAAUGGGCUGUUAGAAAGGUGAAUAGUGACUAUAUAGUUACCGAAGGCACAGAAAAUAGUGAGGAGUCAGUUAAAAAGCAGAUUAACGUGAAUGACUUGCGAAACCAGGCGAAUUUGAAGUUGGGGUGGUCUAAGAAGCAAUCGGCGGGACAUGAGCUGCACAGAAGAGAAUCUAUUACCAAUAACAAGUCAAAUCUACACAAUUUGAAGUUACCAGGAGAAGGUUUGGAAGAUAAUGCGAUUGAAAGCGAUUCCGACGGUGAAUAUGGCUCAGCUGUAAACAUAGAUGAGGAUAGUGAAGAUGAUAAACCAGAAGAAGAAGAUGAUGAUGACGAUGACGAUGAUGAUGAUGAUGAUGAUGAUGACGAAGCUGGAGAAGAGCUCUUUACGUUUGAUCAAGACGAUUCGGAAAAUAAAAUGAAAUCUUCGCCCCCCAUAAAAUUUGCUGAUAGGGUUCCACUAAAAGUGAGUCCGCCGCCAUCUUCUACCAAUGGCAGAAGAAAGUCGUCUUCGUCCAAUCCGUCAAAUUCCAUCACCAAAAUUCCAAACAAUCAUAGGCAUCAAAUAUUCAACAGAUCUAGGUUGAAUUCCUUGGACAAUUUGGAUAAUUAUAUUCUAUCAUCUGCUAGAAACUCAAGUGUAUCCAUCAACUCUCCUCCUCCUCCAGUUGCUGCAGCAUCAGUGCUAAGUGGUUCGCCCGUCAAUUCAUGGAGCUCAAACCCUUAUAUGCCAUCGAUCAACGCAAGCCCAGACAGUUUAGCUGCAAUUAGCUCUGCUAAUAGGCGAAAUUCUUCGUUCAAUGAAUCGCACUUACGAUCGACAUUGUCUUCAUCUUUACCUAAGGCACAGCUGAAUCCAAAGUUCGAUGGUUUUAGAUCGUCCUCGAACGUGCCCCAGAAAGAUCAAAGCGACACAGACGAGGAGGACUGGGCAUCUAUAGGAGCUGAAACCUUGCGCCAGAAAGCACGAAAUGGUAAGUUAAACAAUGGUAGUAACGAUGACGAAACAACAGCUGCAAACGCAUUAGUAGAUCUAAUGUCUGUGUGA